AGCCAGGUGACCCUGCAGGCCCAGAUCCUGGCACCGCCCCCUGCCACGCCCCCGUCCCCAGGCCUCGCAUUCGUCGCGGACGCCGUUCUUGCGCAUGGAGUCGCCAUUUUGCUCCUAGAGACGCUGCUUGGAGACCCGGCGCUUUCUUCUUUCGGCAGCGGAGGCUGCGGCGGGGCCGGGGCUGGGGUCGGGGCCAGGAGGAAUUUUGUUGUCAGAGAAUAAAAGGAGGUUGUCCGUAAUUGACUUUAAGCAGCAAACAGUAAAACACUGAGCUCUUCAGCUCCGCCUUUCUUGCUCUGAGAAUUGGAAAACCAAGAAGGUUUUGAUGUUUUGUGUGGCGCCACCUGAAUUAGAAACCAAGAUGAACGUAACUAAGGGAGGUCUGGUGUUGUUUUCAGCAAAUUCUAAUUCAUCAUGUAUGGAGCUUUCAAAGAAAAUUGCUGAGCGGCUGGGGGUGGAGAUGGGCAAAGUGCAGGUUUACCAGGAACCUAACAGAGAAACAAGAGUACAAAUCCAAGAAUCCGUGAGGGGAAAAGAUGUUUUCAUCAUCCAGACUAUUUCAAAGGACGUCAACACAACCAUCAUGGAGCUCCUGAUUAUGGUCUAUGCUUGUAAGACCUCCUGUGCCAAGAGCAUCAUUGGGGUGAUUCCCUACUUUCCAUACAGCAAGCAGUGCAAGAUGAGAAAAAGAGGCUCCAUUGUUUCUAAGUUGCUGGCUUCGAUGAUGUGCAAAGCUGGUCUAACACAUCUUAUUACUAUGGAUUUACACCAGAAGGAAAUUCAGGGCUUCUUCAACAUUCCUGUUGAUAAUUUAAGAGCAUCUCCCUUCUUAUUACAGUAUAUUCAAGAAGAGAUCCCAGAUUACAGGAAUGCCGUAAUUGUGGCCAAAUCUCCAGCCUCAGCCAAGAGGGCGCAGUCUUUUGCUGAGCGUCUGCGGCUGGGCAUCGCGGUGAUUCACGGAGAAGCGCAGGAUGCAGAGUCUGACCUGGUGGACGGACGGCACUCCCCACCCAUGGUCAGGAGUGUGGCUGCCAUCCACCCCAGCCUGGAGAUCCCCAUGCUGAUUCCUAAAGAGAAGCCCCCGAUCACAGUUGUCGGUGAUGUGGGAGGAAGGAUCGCCAUCAUUGUGGAUGACAUUAUCGAUGAUGUUGACAGCUUUCUUGCUGCAGCAGAGACCCUGAAGGAAAGAGGUGCAUAUAAGAUCUUUGUGAUGGCGACUCAUGGCUUGUUAUCCUCAGACGCUCCCCGACUGAUUGAAGAAUCUGCCAUCGAUGAGGUGGUUGUUACCAAUACAAUUCCACAUGAAAUCCAGAAGCUCCAGUGCCCCAAAAUCAAAACUGUGGACAUCAGCAUGAUCCUUUCAGAAGCCAUCCGCCGGAUUCACAAUGGGGAGUCCAUGUCCUACCUUUUCAGGAACAUAGGUUUGGAUGACUGAGCAGCUUUGCUGUCCUGAAACUCCUGAGGGCCAAACUGGAAACAUAAGGAAGAGAACUGUGGGGCUUGCGCCCUCUUCCAGGUAUUUCACAGGACCGUGUUUUGUUCUUUUCUUCUUGUUAACUCCUAUGAAGACAGAUUAACUUUUAAUGUCGAUUUGGGUGUUUGUGAGUUUUCUGGGUAAUUUUUAUAAAAGAAAAACUAUAUUCUCUGCAUAAGUAAGUGAGACCUUGUUGUUUAUAGUUUAACUAUUUAAAAAAUAACUUGGAAUAAGGUUUUUAAGCUUACAGCAUUUUUCCAAAAUUGCUGGAGCCCAAGUCCUUAAAAAAAGUAAUAAGAUGAAAUACUGUAUGAUACUUAUAAUUGAAAAGCCAGAUUAUACUGUUAAAUCCAGUAAACACCCUUAGAAAUGCUUUUAUAAGCAAGCUUAUGGAAUAUGUGAUCAUUAUUUAUUUUCUGCAACAAAAGAGGGAAUUAAAAACUUACUUUGUGUGUGUUUUU